AUGAAGCCGUCAAUUCCUCCUCCGCCGCCGAUCAUCACACCUCACCAGCCAAUUCCCGUCAUGGCUGAAGAAUUUGUUUCUGCAUUUGCCGAUGUGCAGAAGGACGAUUCGAAUAAUGAGAAAUUGGUGGAUAUUGUCCGCAGCCACUAUGAGAACAGCCUCAUCUCCCUCGCGUUCUGCUCAACUCUCCAACGCCGUCUCAACACUGAUCCUCCUUCCCUCUUCCACAAAUCCUUCCUUGAUAAUAUAUCCCGUAUCGUUGCAGACCACUCCACGAUAGAGACUACGCUUAAACCGAUGCACGAUGGCUUCGUCAAGGACCUCGAUAGCAUCGAUUUCUCCCAGAAGGUGUCUGCUGUUUUCUUCGUCGCAGCGGUCAUAAUCUUCACGGCCGCGAGUGCGAUUGCUACUGCGAACGCCAAUCCCAAGUGGGCAUGGGCGGCAGUGGCUGGGGUCGCGACGGCUGCCCCCACGGCCUCCAUCGUGUUUGGAGCGCUCGGAAAAUGGCGCCAUUCAGUACUCAACAAGAGUGAGACUGCAGUAAAGAAACAAAGGGAGAUCACCACACGUAUGAUUAAGGCCGCCGAUUACGGCAUAAAAGAUCUGAAAUCCAUCGAAAUGGUAGCGAAAAAGCUGGAGUCCUCUUACAGCAAAAGGAGAUCUGAAGAAUUACUACAAAAAGUUAAAAACUACAAUGAUGAGAUCAAGUGGGUUAAACAAAAAGUGCUUGAUAUUAUUAUCAAGCCCUAA